AUGCCUCACAUAGCCUCGUUCUACAAGCCUCAAAUAGCCAACCUUGCAUCGAAUAUGGCAAAGCAUGCCAUGCCAUGGCACGCCAAGCCUCACAUAGCCUUGCUAAACAAGCCUCAAAAUAUGGCAAAGCAUCCCAUGCCGUGGCAUGCCAAGCGUCACUCGACAAGCAUCAAAUACCCUUGCUUGCUGGUGAAUAUGGCAAAGCAGGCCACCCAUGGCACUCCUUGCAUAGCCUCACUCGACAAGCCUCAAAUUGCCUCCCUUGAUUUGAAUAUGGCAAAGCAUGCCAUGUCAUGGCUCGCCAAUUCUCACAUAGCCUCCCUUGACAAGCCUCAAAUAUCCAAGCUUGCAUUACAUAUGGCAAAAACAUGCCAUGCAUGGCAAGCCAGGCUUCACAUACCCUCGCUCAACAUGCCUCAAAUAGCCUGGCUUGCCUUUGUUGACGCAGAAAAAUGGUUCUGCACUUUCCCGCAUAGCAAACACACGGUAAAUCCUAGGGCACCGGUGUGGUACCGGCCGAAGGCUCUCCGAUGCUUAAGCCUUGGGAGGUGUGCAAUUUGUUUAGAGUUUCGAUGUGGGACUCUGGGCGUCAAUCGUGGAGCUGCCACGUGCCAGAGUGGGCAAGGUUGCCCUAAUGUUGUGAUCGGUAGGUCCAGUACCGAAGGAGUCCCCCAAGUCCCCUUGCGAGAGUCUUCGGAAGGGGAUUUGAAUUCGUCCUCGGGAGGAAACACGGCCUUACCGUUCGCUCAGAGGCUGACGUUGGCGAAGUCAGAAGGUCGCGUCGAUCUGAUGGGCGAAGAGACGUCUGAGCGCUUCGACUUCCGCGCCUCGCGUGCCGUCAGUUCUCCAUUGGGUGAAUGA